AGGAGGAGAUAGCCAGAGCAUCCAUUUAAUAUAUCAGUGUUAUAGAGCUCCCAACCACAGUCACACCGACGAUGGAGUCCAAUAUACAGGCCUUUAUAAUCCUAUAAAGAUCGGGUCCGCGGGAUGCGAUCUAACGGGGUUAUCUUCUGACGUCAGAGAGAAGAAAAACAUCAUGAUGGAUGAAGAGAAUUAAAAUGAUAGAUAAUCACUGGGAUUCCGUAGCUAGGCUAACUAGCUAACUGGGUUUUCCUUGGAUCGCCCGUCGAUGUUUUUUUUCCCAAGGAUUUAAUCUGAAGAGCAUUUCUAUGUAUUUCGAGAUGUUGGACAUUUAGAGAAUUGGUUCGUGCUCUCAUCUCCUGCUGUGGAUCAGUGAUCUGAACUUGUGUUGACAGCGACUCCAUGAAGGUGAAGAUUGGAUGAUGAGGGAGAGAGUAUGAUCAUGUUGGAGAAACAGAGCUCCACCCAGGAGAUAGGAGAGGAGGAAGAGGAUGGGGCGGUCUUCACCAUCACCCUGAGGAAGUUGCAGCUGCACCAGUCGGCCAGUAAGGGGCAGCGAUGGCUGGGCGUGGACACAGACUCCGCCCUCAGCCUCUACGAGACCUGCAAGGUGCGCACCAUCAAGGCGGGGACGCUGGAGAGGCUGGUGGAGUACAUGUUGAAGGCGUUCCGCGGGAAGGACUCCAGCUACGUCACCAUCUUCCUGUGCACCUACCGCUCCUUCGCCAGCACGCGGCAGGUCCUCGACCUGCUGCUCAACAGGUAUGCUAAACUCCAGAACCUUCCAGCCAUGGCGGCCCACAGAGUGUGUGAGGACGACCGCAUCGAACUGAGGAACACGGUGUCGUCUAUCCUGGGCGCAUGGUUGGACCAGUACUCUGAGGACUUCUGGUCGCCCCCGGACUACGGCUGUCUGCACCAGCUGCUGUCCUACCUCCAUAAACACUUCCCAGGCUCGGACCUGGAGCGCCGCGCCCACAACCUACUGGCCCACUUCCACCGCCGGCAGGUCAUCGAGCCAGACCCCGACGCGGAGCAUAUCGGCUGUCCCUUCGCCACACAGGAAGAGAGCGGCUUCGAGGAUGAACUCCCAAUGCUCAGCUUCCUGUCCUUUGACCCUAUCAUGGUGGCGGAGCAGUUCACCCUCAUGGACGCUGACCUGUUUAAGAGAGUGGUUCCCUACCACUGUCUAGGGGGGAUCUGGUCCCAGAGGGAUAAGAAGGGGAAGGAGCAUGUGGCCCCCACCAUCCGGGCUACUGUCGCCCAGUUCAACUCCGUCACCAACUGCGUCAUCACCACCCUGCUUAGCACGCCGCUGCUGAAGGCCAGCCAGCGGGCGCGCCUGCUGGAGCGCUGGGUGGAGGUGGCCCGGGAGUGUCGUAUACUUAAGAACUUCUCCUCUUUGAGAGCGAUCCUCUCAGCACUGCAGUGUAACGCCAUCCACCGCCUGAAGCGCACCUGGGAGGAAGUUUCCAGGGAAAACUUUCGUACCUUCCGGGAGCUGUCAGAGAUCUUCUCAGACGACAACAACUACUCCCUGAGCAGAGAACUUCUGGUCAAGGAGGGAACGUCCAAGUUUGCAACGCUGGAGCUCAAUCCCAAACGCACCCAGAGGAGACACCAGCAGCAGAGAGAGCUGGGAGUCAUGCAGGGUACUAUCCCCUAUCUUGGAACCUUCCUGACAGACCUGGUGAUGAUGGACACAGCCAUGAAGGACUACACAGAGGGAGGGCUGAUCAACUUUGAGAAAAGGAGAAAGGAGUUCGAGGUUAUAGCUCAGAUCAAACUGCUCCAGCUAGCCUCUAACAACUACAGCUUCACGCCCGACGGCCACUUCAGAGACUGGUUCUCCAGCGUGGAGAGACUCAGUGAGGCCGAGAGCUACCACCUGUCCUGUGAGAUUGAGCCUCUGUCUGAGUCGGCCAGCAACACGCUGAGGGCCAAGAAGAACGGAGGCAUCAUCAAACGCUGGAGCGAUCGUCAGCUGGAGGCGGGGGCCAGUGGGGCUCCGGGCUCCCACCAUUCCAAGUCUUUUGACCACGCCCCCAGCAGGCCGUACCAAAGCAGUGGAGGCGGAGGGGGGGGGGACAGCGGGGACGCUUUGAGCGUGACGUCAGUCAGCUCCAGUGGUUCCGACCUGGAGGACGUCAAUGCCAGCUUCCUGUCCGACUCACCGGAGGUCCACGAGAGGAAGACAUCGACUCCUUCGGUCAAACAUUCAAUUUCUGUUCUGGGACGAGAGACGCAUGUUACUGAGACUGCCUCUACGUUCUGGGAGUGCACAUCGCUGUCGUCCCUCGACACAUCUGGCUCCGCCUCCGGCUCCAGCAGCACCUCCUCCUCCUCUGCCUCCUGCUCCACCCCUCUGGCCGCCUCCCGCUCCCACAAGCGCUCUGCCUCGGCCGUCUCAAACUACUCCACCCUGUCACUGCCGCUCUACAACCAGCAGGUGGACGACUGCUGCAUCAUCAGGGUCAGCCUGGACGUGGAGAACGGAAACAUGUACAAGAGCAUACUGGUCACCAGCCAGGACAAGACCCCGGCGGUGAUCCGUAAGGCGAUGAUCAAACACAACCUGGAGAGGGAGAAGGCCGAGGACUACGAGCUCAUGCAGAAGAUAUCUGAGGAGAAAGAACUGCGUAUCCCUGACAACGCCAACGUCUUCUAUGCCAUGAACUCCACUGCCAACUACGACUUUGUGCUGAAGAAGCGCGGCCCCACACGCCCACUGCGCGCCAAGAGCGUCACCAGCUCCACACUACCACGCAUGAAGCAGAAAGGCCUGAAGAUCGCCAAGGGCAUCUUCUGAUCUCCUCUCCAACCUCCUCCUCCUCUCCUCCUCAACCUCCUCCUCUCCUCCCCUCCUCCUCAUCGUCCUAUCCUCUUCCCUAUCCUCCUCUCCUCCUCACCUUGGAGAGAUGAACAUAGCGUUGGCGUUGAAUACUGGGACACAGAGACGCUUGCUCUGAGUAACACCCCCUCACCAGGACUCUAUCAUGGCUGCCAGCUCUCCGUGCUCCGCAGGACAGGAUGUGAUGUCAUCGCUGCAGCCAUGUUGAAAGGGGGCUCUUGCGCUCUGUGGCGUUUUCAGCUGUGAACACGGUUUAACAUACCGGUAGUGCGAAAAUUACUGCUUACGUGUAUACAAACGAGAUGUCAUAACAGGUGGGAGGUGGACUUUUAACCUGCGUGGACCAACCAGGUGUUAAACCAGGGGUGAAUGAUUUUAACCUGUGAGGUGGCCAUGGAUCACAUGGCACUGUUUUUUUUACUGAACGAUAUCUCACUCUGCCAUGGGUUGAGGUUCUACUUGGGUGUCUGUUCUGGACCAGACCUGUGUGUACAUAGAACAUCCCUGGCGAUGUUUGAUUGGACCAUGAGCUGCACCUUAAUGGAUCAACAGCGCUUAAACAACUGAAAGAUACUCUCUCUCUCUGCUCCAGCUCUCAGUCUCUCUCUUGCUGGAAUGGCAGGGGGUGGUUUCUCUGUGGUUACUAUGGGUAACCAGCGACACACCGCCAUGUCGGAUUAGUGACCACAUGACCUGGGAUAUAAUGCUCUUUCUGAUUGGCUGUGAUUCUUGCUGAAUGAUGAUGUCAUUAACCUGGUUUGAGUUGAUCAGUGUUUGGUGCCCCAGCAGGGAUGGGUGGGGUGGUGGGUCAGAGGGUCUUUGAUCACUGCUGGCAAUGGAGUGUUGUGAUUGGUGGUCGAGGUGAUGUGAGGGAUGGUAGAAGGGUCAGAGUUUUGGUCCAGUUUACACUACAGUACAUCUAACGAGGUUCUACCAGUCUGUCUUGGGCCAAAGACUCGGCGGAAGUGUGAUUGAUAUUGUCCUUAAAGCUGCCAAAUUCCAGCUAAAACAUCUCGGCUCCACACAGCUCUUUGCUUAACCAUCACCUGCUCCUUCUUGUCCUGACACGCUAGCGCAACACGCUAACACAACACACUACGUUUACACACAACACAACAUGCUACAUCAACACAACACACUACAACAACACAGUUUGCUUACGCAAAACUCAACACGCUACAAUUACACACUACGUUUACACACUACCACAACACACUACGCGUACGCACUGCACAACACCCUACAACAACAUACUGCGCUUACGCACAAAACAACAUGCUACCACAACACACUACACUGAUGCAAAACACAACAUGCUACCACAACACACUACUCUGACGCACAACACAACAUGCUACCACACUACACCGACGCACAACACAACAUGCUACCACAACACACUACUCUGACGCACAACACAACAUGAUACCCCAACAGACUACCGAAACCCACUACCACGGCACACUAACACCACACACGAGUCAACCGUGAUGCGCAUCACAACCCGGUACCACAACACUGUACCACAAAACCCCGCUAACACAACACGGCUCAGAGCGGUGUCCUCCGAGCGUUACCUUCCAUAGUUUUAAACUGCAUGACGUUUAUUAUCAUUCAUCCUCAUGCCAUUGGACAAGUGAGCAGAGAGAGAGGAAAGACACUCCCCCAGGUGGCCACACCCCCUGGCUGCCACUAUUGGGCCUCUACUGGUCAUCACUGUGAUCUUCCAUCCAUUAGCUCCGCCCCCUCUUUCUGAUUGGCUGGUUGUGUUGUCAUGUCAUGGUCGUUUCAGAAGUGAUGUGAGUAUGUUAUUAUGUAUGUUUAUAGACCGGAGGCAGCAGACUUAACCCUUCAUGUGCCAAAAGCAGGUAGAUAGGUUGGGGCCUUUCACCAUGAGAACAUGUUUGUUAAUGGUUUUGUAUGUCUAACGUGUUGUAAUGAAGAAAGGCGAGAGGUGAAGCAUGGUGAGACCCCGUGCAGGAAUGCUACUGGAGACGUGAAGUGUUAAGUUGUAAACCCAUACUGUUGGAUUGAGAUCUAAAUCUGUUCUGUUGGGUUUAGUUCUAACCAUAUACUGUAGGAUUUGAUUCUAACCCUUUACUGUUGGGUUGAGUUCUUAACCUAUACUGUAGGAUAUUGUUCUAAUCCUAUACUGUAGGAUUUGGUCUGACCCUAUACUGUUGGGUGGAGAUCUAAACUUAUACUGUAGGAUUUUGUUCUAACCCUAUACUGUUGGGUUGAGAUCUAACCCUAUACUGUAGGAUUUUGUUCUAACCCUAUACUGUUGGGUUGAGAUCUAAACCUAUACUGUAGGAUUUUGUUCUAACCCUAUACAGUUGGGUUGAGAUCUAAACCUAUACUCUUUGGGGUUUUUAGGGCUUAACCUACACGGUUGCUUGUAGGUCUAAACCUACACUGGGAUCUGACAGCUGCAUCCCUUCAACCACUAAAUCCCCCAAGCAGCGUUAAUUUUACAUUGGGGAUGGAACUUAUGUCCUCCAGGGGGCUGUACUGUGGUGUAUCUCUCUCUCUUCAACGUGCUUCUCUUUGAUUUAGCGUGACAUUGCUGUGUGUACAUUAACCUAACCCUAACCCCAUGCAAGCUUUUCCUAUCCAACGAGACGGUGGACGGUUACCAUGGCAGCCCCUACUGACCUGUGUUGCCAUGGCGACACAGGCUGUGUUGUUAUGACGACCACCUGGACCUGGCUUGCUUGUUUUCUAAAGUGUGCUCUGGUGCCAUGAGCGUUUUUAGACACAGAUCUUACAUUUUUCUAACCCCCCCCCCCUCAACUGUUUAGUAUAGUAGAUCCC